AUGAUGAAUUAUAACAUACAGCAGAACCAAGGGGUUCCUCCAAACUUACCUUUCCAGCCACCUCUUCAACAACCCUUUAUGCCUGGAAAUAACAAUAUCGCACCAAAUAUGAUUCAGCAGCCAAACCCCUUCAUGAUGAUGAAUGGGAUCGCUCCUCAAUUAAACGCUUUUAAUUUAUCACAGCCCGUUCCAGAUAAUCAAAAUUUUGAAAAGAAAGAACAAAGUUCUGAUAAUAAUUCUGGAUCCUCAAAUUCAAAUUCUAACUCUCAAACCCAUCCUGUCAAUACCAAUACACCAACAUUUCACCCACCUCCAAUUCAACCACCUUUUGGAUUCCACGGACCUCUGAUACCACAGCCGAAUAUAAUAACAGCUGCACCCACUGUGAUCCCGCAGCCUCCAAUGCCAAACCUCAUGACUAACCCGAAUAUUAUUACACCUCCACUUAUGACUACCCCAAUGAUUAACCCUAAUAUGAUGAACCCACAAAUGAUUAAUCCUGGAAUGCUCAACGGCAAUGCCACAGCUAAAAUGCCCUCAGGAAUCCAAUAUCCCAUGAAAACGCUCAUAGAUAAUCUACUCAACCCUGUCGUUGUUAAAGUGCCAGAACGGGACGAUACUCCCAAGCUGGCAAAUGUUGUAUACGUCGGUGGAUUAUCUGUCGAUACCACAAACGAAUUUGUCAUUAACUUCCUACAGAAAUGCGGUAAAACAAGUCAUUUUAAGAGGCAUACUGACCCAUCUACUGGGCUGCUUUCUACAUUUGCUUUCUGUGAUUUCGAGUCACCAGGAGGAGCCUAUUUCGCCAUAGAAUGCCUAGCAGAUUUGGAUUUCGGUGAAAACAAAUUAAAGGUGAGUUGUAAUUCGAGAGUAAAGUGUCAAAUUGAUGAUUGGAGAGAAGGAAAGAUCGAAGAAAUGUGUAGAAAUAUGCCAGAAAAGAGUAAGCAGGAGGUGGUGGAGGAGUUUGAAGCAUAUAAGGUAAAGCUGAGAAACGAGUUCAUUGAGUUGAUAAACAUGCAUUUUCACCCCAACACGGCUGAAGGAGAGACCGAAUCUGCAACAGACGCAGCCACUCCAGGAUUAACGGAGUCAAGCGCAAGCAGAGAAAGAAGCGAGAAACCGUCGAAGGAUAAGACUGAGAAGGUGAAAGAGAGAGAGGAAACCGGUUUAACAAAGGAUUACACCAUACAUAAAAAAGAGGCCGAAAGAAUAUUUAAGCUUAGACAGAAGAAAAGAAAUUACGACACUAAGUAUAAGGAGCAGUUGUCGAUUUGGGCCCAGGAGGAGGACAAGUUAUUUCGAAAAAUCAAGGCUCUUUUCGAAGUCCCUCCAUAUAAGAGGGACAAACUCAUAGAGCAGGACCUAGCAGGGAAAAGUAAGCCGAACUUAAAGCAUAGAAAGCAAGAAAUUGAAGAUGACUUGAAGGAUGAAAAGGCUGAACAGGACGAGAAUAAAGCCAAAAAGAUUUCAGUAAAGCUUGUUUCUUCCAGUUCCGCAACUUCCGGUAAAGAUGUGACAAAUAAUGUUAAGAACGAGUCAAAUAAGAGGGUAAAAUUAGACCCUAAGUUAACUUCUUCAGAUUCUAACUCAACUCACGGCUCAGCAUCAGAAUCCUCCACUUCAGUGGUCAAGUUAUUUUCUGAGGAGGCUGAGGAGGUAAAGACUGCCCUGACUGAGGAUCAGAUUUGGGAAAUGGUUCCAAAGACUGAUGUCCUUGAUGGUGACGUGGAGUGGAAUGUACUGUUUUCCACUAACUUGAGUAUUUUAAUUGAGCCUUGGAUUAGACGGUGCAUUCUCGAGUACAUGGGCGAUGAGGAGAGUCUCGUGAAUGACGUCGUGGAGUUUAUCUUCUCCAGGCUCAAGGAACGCCCCAAGGCUAAGGAGCUUUUAGCCGACGUUGAACAGUUCCUUGAUGAAGAAAGCGUUGGAUUUGUGACUCAGCUUUGGAGACUACUCUUUUUUCACCAAAUACGCCUCAAAAAUUUAUAA